GCUAAAUGACAGCUGACUGACAAGUGACAACAGUGACAAUACUUGGGUAUGAGUUAGGAAUCUCUACAAAAUUAACAAUAAAUCAACGCACUCCUGUUUAACUUUGAUUCUAAAUAUAUUAAAAUAGAUAACGUGCUAUUUCUGAAAAGGCACAAUAUGCUGAACGAUAUGCCAAAAAGAUUACUGAGAAGUUCCGAGAGCACAGAGGUCGAUGUACGCGAGGAUGAAGAACAAACCACGAAAUUUCAAGAAAUUAUCGAUUUACUUGUCGCUGCAGGUUACUUUCGGGCGCGAAUAAAAGGUUUAACAAAUUUUGAUAAGGUUGUCGGCGGCAUGACCUGGUGCAUAGAAUCGUGUAAUUUCGACGUAGACGUGGAUUUACUUUUUCAAGAGAAUCUCACAAUUGGUCAAAAAAUUUCCUUGACAGAGAAAAUUGUAGUUAUGCUCCCCAAAAUGAACUGUCCGUACCGAAUAGAACCGCAUCAAAUACAAGGUCUAGACUGUAUUCAUAUAUUCCCAGUUAUUCAGUGGCUAGUAAAGCGUUCUAUGGAAAUGCGACAGGAAAUGGCAGACUUUGUGAGGGCAUUUGCGUUAAAUCAAUUUCACAAAAAGCAUUCUUUCAGUGAAGAUUCUGAAAGCGGGGCAACAGCUAAUGAGAAUAUCAUCAGAAAUUUACGUUCAGUUAAGAAAGCUUAUGAACCACGACGUUUGUUCAAACAAAAAGAGGAUUUUGUGAAAGAUGAAUCGAGUAGAUUUAUUGGCACGGUAUUAGAAUAUGAAGCACCAUUUGAGGCUGUUAAAAAUACAACAAUGACAGCGGCUGAAUCUAAAAGCAGUGAUUCAAGGAAUGAGUCAAGUAAUGAAAAAAAUGAAAAGGACACCACUGAACAAAUUACUGCUGCUCUAUCCGUCAUAGAAGAAAAUUCGAUGCGCUUAAGUGUAAAUACACUUGGAAACAUCGUUGGUAUACAAGCACAAGAAAUUGCUAAGGUGGCAGAAAAAUAUGCAACUAUGGCUACUUCUGAAAUAGGGGAUGGUGACGCAACGGAUUCGUCGCGCGCUCUAAUUGCAUUACAGAAACAGAAGACAACAUUGCAGUCCAGAGUGCGCAAGUUAACGAAGGAGAGAGAUAGCUUAUCUGAUAAACUUACUGAAAUAGUAGAAAAAGUGAAAGAAUAUCGUGCGAGAAAAGAAACCAUUGAACGUUCGUUUAAAAAGAUUCGGGAAAUUGGAAUCAAUGAUAAUGACAGUAUUUUCAAACGAUUAGAGGAACUUCUGUCCGUACAUGAGGGACUGAAAGAACAAGAACAUAAUUUCCGAGAACAGUGCAAGUCAGAUUUGAAUCUUCUUCGAGGUAUGGUACAAGAAAUUGAAAACGGUGCUCCGGUGGAGGAGGAAGAUCGUGUCAAAGAAUACGAAGAGCAAAAGGAAGCUAUAACACGAGUGCGAUUGCAAUUGGCGAAAAAGAAUAGAAUUAUUGCAUCUUUAACGAGGCAACUGGACGAUGUUCCAGGACGCUCCGAAUUGACGCAGUAUCAACGACGUUUUAUGGAACUCUAUAAUCAAGUUUCAGCUAAGCAUAAGGAAACUAAACAAUAUUACACAUUAUACAAUACUCUCGAUGAUACAAAACUAUAUAUAAGUAAGGAAUUGUCAUUGCUAAAUUCUAUUCAGGAUAACUACAAUGAAGCUAUGGCGUCAACAAGUGGCAAGGAACAAUUCCUAAAACAAUUUGAGACCAUUGUUGCAGGAGUGAAGCGCAACAAAACAAUGGUGGAAAAACGAUGUGCCGACGAAAAAGGUAGGCGUGAUACACUUAGUCGACAACUCGUCACUCUCGUGGAGCAACAACGCAAAUAUGUUGCAGCAGUUAGACAGCUUACUAUUGAAUGUCGCAAAAAUGAAGCUUUGUUGGCUCAACUUCGUGGUCCAUAAAUUUCCCUCAGUAAAUGGAAAUUAUGUCAAUAUUUACUUGUGACAUGAUGCUAUUAUAAUACACUAUUUAAAGCUGUUUAAAUUUUGCUAUAUACGCAAUGAAUAUACGAUGUAAGUUAUACAAGCUAUGUAUGUCAAAAAUUUGCUAUGUAUAUAGAAACAUGACAGUUCAUGAAUCUCUCAAUACUGUAUGUGUUAUAUAGCUUGUAAAAAUAUUUGAUACACAAUAUGUACUUCUAACACACACAUACGUACAUAUGUGUGUAUAUAUAAUGUAUAUUAU